CAAAUGUAAUGUAGAUGGAUGGGAGGGAGGUGGGUGCCCGGGAUAACUGCAGUAGUACCUUAAUUAGUAGCAUUGUUUUGGGGGCCCGGGCAUCCUACGCCCAACGCCUCCCCGUCCGCUCUUCGCAUGGAUUCGAGAAAGGAUUUAUAUUUCAACACUGCAGGCUAGUCUGCUCGUGCCUCAAGUUUAAGUAUUUCCGUACAACGGUGCCGUCUCCAAUCAACGUCCGAUCACCUCGUUGCCCUGCUCCAGCUGCUCGUACCACCCGAUUUAGCGUCUCACCAACCGCCAAGAGGGCGAAGGGCAAGAGACCUUGGACAGGCCGCGACCGGAGCCGAACUUGCUGUGUUUGACCGGAAGGGAACUGUGAUCUGACAGAGACCUCAGCCGCUGCGAAGACGAGACAACGCGCGUGAUCAAGAAAUUCGCGGGCGCCUGCAGUGCUCGAGGCCACGAUAGGUUUCAACGGUUCAUAACUACUUUACCUACCUACUUCGCACGACGCACCGGGACCUUCCUACCACCUUACCUACGAUACCUUGCCUUACCUAGGUUACAUACCUACCUACCACCUUUCAGCCUGCCGUUGAGAUUGCGCGCUGCACAACCUCGUACUCGCACAAUUUAUCACGCAGUCGUUAACUCGAUUCUGGGAAAAACAAUCAUUACAACUAUCCGCAACUUGAAGAAGAAGAAGAAGAAGAAGGAGAAGAAGAAGAAAAAAGAGGUGUCGAGACCUCACAACAAGGCGCCGAGAUGAAGAAGAAGGCCACCGACCAGCUCGUCUACGAGACGGUCUUUCCACGCCCAAAACCGACCGACCCAUAUGACUUCGCCAGCUUCCUGGAGCGGAACCUUGUCCUCGAGGUUCGCCAAGAGGUGCAUUCUUUUUUUGGACACAUAAGCGACCUGGAGUCCAAGUAUCCAGGAUUAGACUACACACAUCCGACGCAUCGCAUGCGACUCAGCCGCUGGCAUUGGCAUCGGCGUCUAUUCCGCGCAUUUGAUUCACUUGGCCUGACAGACUCCGAGAUCCAUGGACUGACAAAGUGGGAAGGCACAAAAUGGGCCAAGGAGCGCUACGAGAAGGACCAAGGCAUCAUAAUCCGUGACACCACCGCCGAUUUCAUCGGAGAGUGGAUACCGCCCGAAGAGCGUCCGGUCUCACCCUCCUCUUCAAGCAGCCAGGGUGACCAGGAGGCGAGGGCCGAGGAUAGCGAUGAUGAGGUGCAGGCCAGUGUUGGUGUUGAGCUCAACGAGCGUCUAGUCCAACGGGCGGCUGCCCAUCUUGCUGGUGACAUGUCUGAGCCUUUGGACGAGGAGUGGGAACAGUGGCUGAAGGCCGCUCUUGAAGCAGGCGAGUUUCCUCUGAUCGAAGCCGAGCUGCAAAACAGGCAGGCGGGUAACAGACCAUUCGAUAUCAACUUGGCACAUGUCGUGCCGCAACAUAUAAUGGCAGCAGCAACAUCGGGGCGCUGGAGCGAUGUUCCAAGUGCCUUACAGAGCAUUUUACGUCCAGAGUUGCAGCGAGCUGGCCGUAACAGGCCUGAGGCCCGGGUCCCGAUAAGCCAGAACUUCGCACGCAGGACUCCCAGUGAAACAAACUGGCUUGCCGCCUCACGUUCGGUCAGCGCCAGGCGACCCGUUCCCGAAGCAGAGACCGACCACCUAAGUUUAGCAGACCCCGUUCAACCACUCCCUUCCUCUCGAGAAAGGGAGUUCACACCAGCGUAUGGAACCCGACCGGCCGAACACACAAGGCGACGGGCUGCAGACCGCCUCGAAGCCGAGGCCGUCGCGGCUGCCGCUCUACUCGAAAGGCCCCAUGAAGGUACUCCCGGCAGACGAGCUGAGGCCGAGUUCUUCCUCACGCGCAUCGCGGAGAGAAACAGACUUCGAUCCAGUCUCACCGAGCGCAGACCAACUCCCGAGACAAGAAGAGUCAUAUCAUCAGCCACUCCACAGCCAACCAUAACAACGCGAGUACCAACCCAACCCUCUCAGAUCAGCUAUCAGGAUUCCCGCGGGUCAACGACCCCCUCCGCCAGCGCCACAGCCACACGCACCUCAUCCCCGGCUCACCGACCACCUGGCUCUCUAUCCUCCGAACUUGAGGCACUCAGCAGGGCCCGCGAAGCUGUCAUGAGCCGCGCGGCGGAGGCUUCGUCAGAGCAACAAGCCAGCCCCAACACCUCAUCGGCAGAGCAAGAGCGAAGACGGCUCAGGUUGCCCACAACAGAAGAGCUUAUGGCCCUGGAGGAGGCUGCAGCUGCGGAUCGUCGAUCACUAUUGAACAUUCAACGCGACCUCACGAACCUAACGCAAAGGUAUCACGAGUUGAGUGCUUCCAACGCAUCUGAGCCCGGAGCAGCUAGGCGUCGGAUCACAGUGCGCAUCCCUAGCAUAGGUCCUGCACCGCCCACCGCCGAGCACACCCCCUAGGCUCGGGUAGACGACCAGCCCCUUUGGAGGUGAUUCUCAAAAACAUUGGAUCGCAACAGAGGUUCAUCAUUCCAAUACAGAGUUGUGGUAGAGUAGUCCAAAAGAAUUAUCGCUUCAGUCAUCAUCUUCAUCCAAGCCUAUGGGCGAUAGCCUAGUUGGGUUUCACGCGGGGGAAAGAGCGUAUUUCUUCUAUUUAUUUCUAUUCUUACUUUUAGCCAGCAUAGGAGGUACAUUAAUUGGGACAGGGGUGGUGGAUAUUCUAGAGCUAACAAAAAACUGCGCCAUUUUCUUUUUUCUUUGCUUUCAAUUUUUCGAGACUUUGCCAUCACUUCGCGCUGGCUUGAUGUUUCUUGCUCCAAUCAUGAAUAGAUUUCACUGAAUGAGCACAUUAUGGCCAACUAUGCAGACUUAUGGCAUAUAGGUAUAGGCAAACCGGUCGAGGCGGGCCGCGGCAAUGCAUAUUUCGGUUUUUUAGAG